GGCGGGGCCCGGCGGGCGCGCGCGCGGGGAAGGAGCGGGCAGUGAAGAUGUUCAAGAAAAGACACCUCAUGGCCAGGGACUGCCAAGCUCUUGCAGAAGGUUCUCCCUCCCUGACACAGCCCUUGAGUCGGCAGCAAAACAGAAGAGACAUCAACAGGGGCCUCCAUCCCACCCCCCACACACGGAGACAUCAAAGAGCCCAAAGCCACCAGAAGAACAUCAGUGAUUACUUCAGGAUCUCUCAGAGCCAGCAAGUAGGUCCUCGUUGGAAGAGCAGUGAACUCAAAGAAGAGGCACUGAAUCCCCUCUUUAUUGAACCUGAUAAUUCCUUCAGCAGGGUCUCCAGGGGGAUGGAGACCACCAGGGAUUCCUGCUCCUUCCUAGAGGAUGAGGACUUUGUACCAGCUCCCAGGAAAAAACCCAGAAAAUGGACUUCAUCCACUGCAUCUGCAGGGGUUCACAAGCUAGAGCAUGAUUUGUGGGGUGACCCUGAGGAGAAGCCAGUGGUGAUUCCUCCAGAUCCAAGCCAGAUCAAGCAGGAACUUGAUGAUAUGGAAAUUGAACCAAUCCCUGAUGCACACUAUGGACUCCUGGGGACUCGGAACUGGGAGGUGCCUCAGGGAAGUAUUGAGGAGCUGCCUCUUGAAGUCCUGAGGAACAUCUUUGCUUUCCUCCCAGUGACUGAUCUCUAUCAGAACCUGAGCCUGGUGUGUCACUGCUGGAGGGAGAUAGUCAGGGAUCCACUGUUCAUUCCUUGGAAGAAGCUCUACCAUCAGUACCUGAUGAAGGAGGACACAGCCCUGCAGAGGGUUGAGCAGAUCUGCCAGGUUUUUGGGAUAACAAAGGAGCAUGAAGAGUGUGUGUUGGGGCUGAUCAGGUGUGUGUCUGCCAUUCCUAGUGGCCAGAAGGUUGAUGCCAGUGGUGUCCUCCAGUGUUUGAGGAGUCAUCACCUCUUCUUAAAGGCUGAAAUCUGUGUCAACAACAAACUGCCUCAUUUAAAGAGCAGGAUGGAGCCUGAGAAGCUCUGGGCCAUUCUUGCAGUCAUGGUGCUUUUUUCUGAUGGUGUCAGGGACAUCCAGAAGCUGCUGGGAUGUCUGCUGAGACCUUGCUCCAAACUUUCUGUUGUGGAUGUGACCGAGCUGCUGUACUGCACAGCCACCCUGCUGUGUGCCAUGAGAGACAGGAACAUCUCCAUCACUAACAGGAUCCAUUACAACGUUUUCUACUGCUUGUAUCUGAUGGAAAAUGCUUCUGUGAGUAUGGAGAGAGUAGAAGACCCCCUGGCAUCACAGUGCAGACAAGACUUAUGGGCCAGUUGUGGGCCUGACAUAAAGCUGACCCAUGAACAGCAAAGGAUUUUGAAUCACAGAAUUGAGCAGGGCCAAAUAGUGAAGAUCAUGGCAUUUGCAGGGACAGGAAAGACCUCAACCUUGGUCAAGUAUGCAGAGAAGUUUCCUAAUCUGAAUUUCCUUUACGUGGCCUUUAACAAAGCUGUUGCAGAGAGGGGCAGAAGUGUCUUCCCCAGCAAUGUCACCUGCAAGACUUUCCAUUCCUUGGCAUUUGGGAGCGUUGGGAAACAAUAUAAAGAAAAAGGCAAGCUGAACUUCUCCAAGAUGUCAGUUUUGGCCAUCAGUUCCCUUCUCCAGAACCAAAAAGGACAAUCUCUGUUCAUCAGAGGGAAAACUGUCUCACAGACUCUUGAAAACUUCUUUGCCUCUGCAGACAAAGAGAUCUGUGAGGAGCACACUCCUGUUUGGUUCAAAAACACUCAUGGAGUGAGACAACUUGUUACUCCAGAAGAAAAGAGAAUCAAUGUCCAAGAGGCAAAGGACAUAUGGCACAACAUGAAGAAGCUGGAUGGAGAUGUAGAGAAGAAAUACAAGAUAACUUGUGAUGGGUAUUUGAAACUCUGGCAGCUCAGCAAGCCUCAGCUCUCAGGAUAUGAUGCCAUCUUUGUUGAUGAAGCACAGGACUGCACUCCAGCCAUCGUGGACAUUGUGCAGUCACAAACCUGUGGCAUAAUCCUUGUAGGAGACCCUCACCAGCAGAUCUACACUUUCCGUGGAGCUGUCAACACCCUCUACUCAGUGCCUCACACCCAUAUCUACUACCUCACCCAGAGUUUCAGAUUUGGUCCUGAAAUAGCUUAUGUUGGAGCAACCAUUCUGGAUGUCUGCAAGAGGAUCAGGAAUAGGACACUAGUGGGUGGAAACCAACAGGGUGACGUGAGAGGCAACAUGGAAGGGAAGAUCACAAUCCUGUCAAGGAGCAAUUUCAAUGUGUUUGAGGAUGCUGUGAAACUUACUGGGAGGGAGAGACCAAUUAAAAUCCAUGUGAUUGGGGGGCUUGACCGGUUUGGGCUGAGCAGAAUUUAUGACAUUUGGAAACUCAGUCAACCUGCAGAAGAAAGGAAGAAAGCAAACCUCGUUAUCCAUGACUCCUUCAUCAGGAGGUGGGAAGAAACUCAUGGAUUCCUGGGUUUAAAGGAAUACGCCGUGCGCAUCGAUGACAAGGACCUGGAGGUGAAAAUUGCCAUAGUGGAGAGAUACAAAGAGAGGAUCCCUGAGCUGAUGCAGAAGAUUAAGAGCAGCCACGUGGCCCAACAAGCCAUGGCAGAUUAUCUGAUAGGAACUGUCCACCAAGCCAAAGGCAUGGAAUUUGAUACAGUUCUGGUUGCAGAUGACUUUGUGCAAGUACCAAGUCUUGGUGGAGACUUCCAGAGAAGAAACAACUUCCACAUUGCCUGGUACCCUGAGGAUGAGUGGAACCUUCUCUACGUGGCAGUGACACGAGCAAAGAAAUAUUUGCUGAUGUCCAAGUCCCUGGAGCAUCUUUUGGCCCUGGCUGGGGAGCGUUUCCUUCGGGUGGAGCUGAUGAGUGAGGCAGCCAAGGAUGGGGCUGCUGCCUCUUGUUCUGUGCCUCAGUGCAUGAAACCUCUGGAGGCCAAGUCCAGCCUGGUGGUGAAGAAGCUGCCUUUGGCUCAUAGCAAUGGCAGCAGGGAUGAAGGUGGCUUCCUCUGCCACUCCUGCACACAGCAGCUCUUUGGCUCUCUGACACCACUCACCUCUUUCCCAGAGCUUCAGGAAGAGCCCAUCCAUCCCUAACCAAACCUCCUUCCAACUCCUCUGAACCCUCGAGUCAUUCUGAGUGUGGGACAAAGCUUCUUCUCACAUCCCAGCUCCAAAAUCAGGUGAAUAUUGGAGCAGAUUUCACACCAGCUCCUCCCCACCCCAAGAAGAACCCUUCAGGCUCUUCUCAAGGUCUGAGACCUUUUCUCCAGCCCAAGAGCUGCCCAGCAUGGUCUGCUCUGCACCAGCACACAGAACAUGAACUCUGAACUGCAUCAGACAGGACAGUGGGGUUUUUUGGGGGGGAAUUCUCCCCCCAUGAGCUCUGUCACCAGGAAAACACCUUCCUGAGUUGCCAGGCCGUCCCUGCCCUUCCCAUCCUGUCACCUCAAUGAAAUCCUCCUGGAAGAAGAGGGAAGUGAUGCCAAGAAGUACCCAAAGAAAGUCUUUAUUCCUAGAAAAGGGUCUUUUUUCCUGGAACCUGUUUGAAUGGAAACAAAAACAAAA